ACAAAAGACCGGUUUAGGACCCAGCAAGAGCCGACUGAGGAGUGGAGAUGCUGGACACCAUCUUCCCUUGCCUGCAGGGCGUGGGCAAGAAUGUGUUGCCCACACUGCCCUUGCUGAGCCAGGAGGAUGUCUCUACUAUUUGGGAGCAUGUAUCGGAAUUUGUGGAACGGCAGUUAUCCCUACACAAGGGAGUUCAGAUUCCAGGACUUGGAACUUUCACUUUCAUGAGACAAAAAUUUGAUGUGGGAAACAAGUUUAUUCUGUUUGAGAGGCCCGUAUUUAUCAUGGCGAAGAAGUUAGUACAGCUUCAUGGACUAAAACAAAACAAAAGGCCUGGCACUGUGGACUCAGUGUUGUCUAGCAGAGAGUCCUUCAGGAAGCUGCCUAACAAUGUGCUUGCAUUUCCAAGGAUUGAGCUCAAGGAGAUGGAGAACAAACCACCUAUGGAGACCAUUGUGGAAGAAGGUGAGAAGUAUAAACCAAGGAAGUACAAGUUAAACAACUGGACAGACAAAGUAGAAGAUGUCAGAGAUAUCUUAUCACCCAAGAAAUGUCCAGACAGAAAAGCUUUCUCCUCUGGCAAAGCGAAAGGCCUCAACUUGCUAAACAAGUUUGAGCAGAGUGGGGAUAGGGAGAAGAAUAUGAGCUCUGAAAGCUUAUCAUCUUCAAGGUGUUGGAAAAGUGACAAUGAAAUGAAACCUAAAACUCCUCCAGCCAGUGCUUGCCACGAUCAUAAUAAGGCAGGACAGGAGUUGUGUUACGUAUGUUUGCAACGAGCACAACAAAAUUCCCCAUUGUACUACAGUGAGGAGAGGAGGAGGAGAGAGAUAGAAGAGGAGCGACUCAUACAGCAGUAUCAAAUGUUGAAAGAUCAAGAUACUUUCUUCAAACACCAGAUGAAAAGUCUGGCUAAUAGAGAACAGAAUCAAAAAAAUGCUGCCUAUAAUCUUGGAGUUGCUGAAGCUGUGCGAAUCCACAAGAACGAGAAACCUGGAUUUUAUAGAUCCUUCCUAUUUGAUAAACGGCCAUUCAGUCCUGAGAUAAAGGCUUUAAAGCAAGAGGAACAUAUCCAAGGUCUCCUGAAACAAAUUAAUACUAGACGGGAAAAGGAAAUAAAGCAAAGAGAAAACAAAGAGUUGAUGGAACGCCUAGAACAAGUGCAACUCACAGAGGAACUUGCUGCCCAACGAGCCAAAUAUAUACAAGAUAAGAUGGAAGAAAAGGAGUGUUACAAGAGGGCUUUGGAUGCACAGAUAAAGAACAGAUUCCCCCAGCUGCCUAUAUCUGAGCCCGACUCUUUUGAGCCCAUCUUUGGCAGGGAUGAGGCUGAGCUGAUGGUAGAAACGCGAAAGCGAGAACUGAAUUGCAUGAGACAGCAGCAGGAGGCAGCUGCUAGCCACAAGAGGAAAGCCAUCCUGAACCAUCUGGUGGACCAAAAGCGGGAUUUGCUGAUGCUGCAGAAGACACAGCAACAGCACUUGGCGGAUAGAGAUGCUGAGCUAGAGAGAGUGAACAAGAUGAACCAAAGCUUACAGGAGGACUGGAAGCGGAGUGCUGAGAUGAAGAGGCAGCGGGACUGGGAGCAGAAGGAUUUUGAGCGGGCCCCGGACAAGCUCUUCCUCCUGGACCAGUGUGACAAGUACCAGCGCUGCAAACAGUGCCAGCGCAGCACCUCCAACGGGGGCCACAGCCACCAGUGGCCGCUGAAGAAGCCCCUGCAGGGCUCCAGGCUGUUUGUGUGAAACUCAGAGUUUGGACCUGCACUUCCUGGUCAAAGUUCUUUUUUUUUAAUGUCUGAAAAUUGUAUUGUGCGGUUUCAGUGCUUUCAGGUAGCUUGCUUUUCAACCGCUUACCGAAUUCACAAAGACAGGGUCUCCCCUCCUGUCUUCCUCCCAGCCCCAUAGAACCCUGCUGCCAUUGGAGGGGGGAUGGCACCCAGCUUUAUUCUGGCUGUGGGGGUUCUGCUGACUCAGCCCCGCCACUCCCUCUGCGACUUUGUGUAAAACACGGUAUCUUUCCUUCA